AUAUACAAGUUUUCAAUGUGCACCUUAUCAAUCAGCCUGUCAUUUGCAGAUCAAUAUGAUCCAGAAGUAUCCCUGGGUCAUCUGAAGCGAUACUCCUUAAAGGAGCUCCGAGUAGCUACUAAUAAUUUUAACUCAAAGAAUAUCCUAGGGAAAGGUGGAUAUGGGAUUGUCUACAAGGGGUGCUUGCGUGAUGGUACGAUUGUAGCUGUUAAAAGAUUAAAAGACUACAAUGCUCUUGGUGGGGAAAUUCAGUUUCAAACUGAGGUUGAAAUGAUAAGUUUGGCAGUUCAUCGGAAUCUCCUUAGGCUUGUUGGAUUCUGCACGACAGAGAAUGAGAGACUUCUUGUCUACCCUUACAUGCCAAAUGGAAGUGUUGCUUCUCAAUUAAGAGAACAUGUCCAUGGUAGACCAGCUCUUGACUGGCCAAGGCGAAAGAGGAUAGCGUUGGGGACAGCAAGGGGUUUGCUGUACCUGCACGAACAGUGUGACCCCAAAAUAAUCCAUCGCGACGUAAAACUCUUCGCCCUCCCCACUGCCUCCUCCUCCUCCGACAAACCCACCUCCUCUUUCCGCCGCCUCUCCUUCUCCCACGACAACACCCUCACAUCCUCCCCCAAAUCUAACCUCCACCCCGACGGCGCCAAUCUCGAGGACUCCCGCGGCGGCGGCGACAGAGGAGGAGGCCGGGGAUCCCUCUCCAUCGACCACUUCUCCUCCGACCUCUUCUGUUCCGACCCUGUCGCUAACCUCGCGGAGAUUGCCGGCCGCAUAAUCCGUGCCUGGUACGGCCAGGAGCUGAGCCAAAUGUACAUCAUCGUCCGCUGUGACGCCAUUGCGGAGACCCUCGCCGCCCUCAGCGUCGACAAGAUGAGUAUCGAGAAGGUCCAGAGAAUCGACUCAACUCCAAGAUGA